AUGGAGAAGAUGCGGGCGGCAGGGGAGGCGCCGCCGACGCAGCAGCAGCAGCAGCUGCCUCCGGGGUUCCGGUUCUACCCCACCGACGUGGAGCUGGUGCUGCAGUACCUCCGCCGCAUGGCCCUCGACCGCCCGCUGCCCGCCGCCGUCAUCCCCGUCGUGCACGCCGCCGCCAUGCCCGACCCCUGGGACCUCCCCGGCGCGAGCGAGGGGGAAUCGGCCUACUUCUUCAGCCAGAGGCAAGGCCGUGGCGGGCGGCGGAGGAGGGCGGCCGGCGGGUACUGGAAGGCCACGGGGAAGGAGAAGCCGGUGUUCGUGCAGCUGCCGGUUGGCAAGCGGCUGCUCGUCGGCGUCAAGACGGCGCUCGCCUUCCACCGCGGCAAGUCGCGCACGGACUGGGUCAUGCACGAGUACCGCCUCGCCGGCGCGGCGGAACAGAACAAGGGUGCCAAUGACGGCUCGCAGAGCAGCGAAUGGGUCGUGUGCCGGGUGUCUCUGAAAAGCAGAGCAAGGAGGACGGCAGCCGGCGGCGAGACGACCGGCGAUCACCAGCAGGAGCAGCCAUCACCGUCGCCGUCUUCGACCUCGAGCUGCAUCACGGACCACGCUUGUCACGCUCCAGACCAAGAACCGUCUGUGAAGACAAUGGCCGCGGCAAUGGCGAAGGUCACGACGACGGCCGUCCUGGGAUGCAGCUGA